GAUCAAUAAAUUAAUACUAAUUAGAAUAUUGAACUUUAUAUAUUAACUUCAUUUCUCCAAUCCAAGUUUGGGGAAAUGUAAAAUAUCAUAUAAUAAGAUAAUAAAGGAAAGACGUCAAGUUAGUUAAAUAUAUGGUCACACUCAAGUUCUAAGUCAAUAAUAUCAUAUACUAUAUUCGUUGGAUGUUAUAAUAUACAAUUUUUUCCAGAAUUUUUACUAUAUGUUUUUGUAUAUAUGAUUUUUAUUUUCAUUUAUAAUUUAUUAAUAAUAGAUAUAAAUCAAAAUUUGUAUUCUACGCUAUGUCUUUGCAAAGGAAACGAAAAUACAUCAAUAAUAUAUUACUAUUAGUACAAAUAUAUAUGUAUAAGCUUUACAAAAUAUAUAAUAGCAUAGAUGAAAUUUAUAUAACUCAAUUGCUUACAAUAAAAUAAAUACAUUAUUAACAAAUAGAGUUUAUCUGUCUUUUACAUUUUAAGGUCUAUGUUCAUCUUUACUAAUUUAUGUUUUCGUAUUUCUUAAUUAGAUAUAUUACUGCAUGCGAGUCGUUGUGGCGGAUUCUUGCUUUUCCUACACAUUUCCGUACUACUUCUGUAGAGAAACUUGGCUUUCAUCUUCCGGAUCAGGAACUGGUAUUUUUUGAUGAAGACGAACCUAUUGAGAGUAUUCUCAACAAAAAGACUGUCAACCAAUCCAUGUUUUUGGCCUGGUUCAUAGCAAACAGAAAAUACGCAGAGGCAAGAGAGUUGGCAUAUGCCGAAUUUCCAACAAAAUUCGUUUGGAAAUCAGGUACGAGAGAAUGGGUACCACGGAAACGAGGCUUUGCGAUAGGGAGGAUUGCGCAUAUUCAGCCAUCAGGUGAUGAGCUAUAUUUCUUAAGAGUAUUGCUAAAUUGGGUAAGAGGGCCGACAUCAUACGAGGAUAUAAGAACAGUUGAUGGUGUUUUAUAUCCUACAUACGAAGAUGCUUGCUAUGCGUUGGGAUUGAUGGAUGAUGACAAGGAAUUCAUAGAAGCUAUCAAAGAUGCCAGUGACUGUAGUUCUGCCACGUAUGCCAGGAAGCUUUUUGCGAGAAUGUUGGUUUCCAAAUCUUUGUCUCAGCCUCAUGUUGUGUGGGAAGCUACUUGGGAGUAUCUUACCGACGAUAUUCUUUACAAGAAGCGGCGAGAAACUGGACGACCUGAUAUGAACUUGACCAUAGAGCAGAUCAAAAAUAUUGCUCUUACUGAGAUCGAAAAUCAUUUGCUCAGCAAUGGUCGUAGCCUCAAGAAAUGGCCCCACAUGCCAAAACCAGAAGAUUUUGGCUCUUACAACGGCAAUCGCCUUAUAGAUGAUGAGCUUAAAUAUGUUGUGGAAGAUCAGCUAAAGGAAAAUGAAAGACUUAUGGCGAUGACAACAGAUGAGCAAAGAGGGGUAUACGAACAGAUUCUGGAUGCAGUUUUAAAUGAUAGCGGUGGAGUGUUCUUUCUUUAUGGUUAUGGAGGCACAGGAAAAACCUUUGUAUACAGAGCACUCUCAUCAGCGAUCCUAUCUAGAGGUAUGAUUUUUCUAAAUACCGCAUCAAGUGGAAUUGCAACAUUGUUGUUGGAAGGAGGUAGAACCGCACAUUCCAGAUUUGGUAUUCCGAUAGAUGCAGACGAAUUCAGUACUUGCAAGAAAAUGGAGCCAGGAUCAGAUCGUGCAGAAUUAGUUAAAGCGGCAAAGUUAAUUGUAUGGGAUGAGGCGCCUAUGAUGAGCAGACACUGUUUCGAGACGUUGGAUCGCACUAUGCGUGAUUUUAUAAGAUCUUCUGAAGACAUACCUUUUGGGGGUAAAGUUGUUGUUUUCGGUGGAGAUUUCAGACAGAUUUUACCGGUUAUACCUGGAGGUGGUAGAGCAGAGACUGUUUUGGCGGCUCUGAAUUCGUCAUAUCUUUGGGAGCACUGCAAAGUUUUGAAGCUAACAAAAAACAUGAGAUUGCUGGCUGGUCUUACUGAUGAUGCAGCAAAAGAGCUUCAAUCCUUCUCAAACUGGAUUUUGGAUAUUGGAGAUGGAAAAAUAAAUUUGCCUAACGACGGUCAAGUUGAGAUUGACAUCCCUUUUUAUUUGCUGAUACAAAAUAGUGGAGAAGAUCCUAUUGAGACUAUGGCAAAAGAGGUUUAUGGACAAGCUUUUCAAACCUCGACAGAAAAGGAUUUGUAUAGACAUCGAGCCAUUCUUACUCCCACAAAUGAUGAAGUGGAUAAAAUAAAUGAUUACAUGCUUUCGCAGUUGCCAGGUAACAUGUUUUAUCAUUUAUUCUUAUGUUCAACUAACUUUUUACAUAUCACUAAACAAAAGGAUUUACAUAUGCUUUCAGGAGAAGAGAAGGUUUACCUUAGCUCUGACAGUAUUAUCCCAUCCGAUGUUGACAUAGAAGAAAAUGUAGUAUAUCCUGCAGAGUUUUUGAACAGUGUUAAAGUGGCUUGACUGCCUAGACAUUGUUUGAAGCUCAAGGUUGGUGCUCCUAUCAUGUGUCUUCGGAACAUGGAUGUUGCAGAUGGCUUAUGUAAUGGUACUAGGCUAAUUGUUACUCAGUUACUGCCCCAUGUGAUAGAAGGUAGAAUUAUAACCGGAAACAAAAUUGCUGGACAUCCGGUUUGGAUCCCUAGAGUGUUUGUCACACCACAUGACACAAAGUUUCCCUUCAGAAUGCGUCGAAGACAGUUUCCAGUUACUUUGGCUUUCGCGAUGACCAUCAACAAAAGUCAAGGUCAAACACUGGAAAAUGUUGGGUUGUUUCUGCCUAGGCAGUGUUCUCUCAUGGUCAGUUCUACGUUGCACUUUCAAGAGUUAAGUCAAGAUCUGGAUUAAAAAUUCUAAUAACUGGUAAAGAAGGGAAAACGCACACAAAAACAUUGAAUGUUGUCUACAAACAAGUUUUUCAGAAUAUUUCGUAGUCACGGUACGUAAUUUUAAUCUACUUUCUUUUCAAAUACAAAUUUUUAAGUAUAUAAACUGUUACAAUUAUUUAUUUUUUGUAUUUGCCAGAUUGGUAGUGAUGAGUUAGGAGACCGAUUGUAUUCAGGAGCAUUCCAUUUUCUGACUACUUCGUGUCAUGAUGGUAUGUCAAUUUAAUAUUAUUUCAUGUUAAUUUUUAUUUAGAAACUUAUAAAUCUAUCAAAUAAUGUUA